CCGAGGACAGGAUGAGCGUGGGCAUCCUGGACAUCUUCGGCUUUGAGGACUUCCAGAGGAACUCCUUUGAGCAGCUCUGCAUAAACAUCGCCAACGAGCAGGUCCAAUACUACUUCAACCAGCACGUGUUUGCCCUUGAACAGAUGGAGUACAAAAGUGAAGGCGUCGAUGCCGUCCUUGUGCAGUAUGAAGACAACCGCCCGCUCCUGGACAUGUUCCUUCAAAAACCCUUGGGCCUUCUCGCACUUUUGGAUGAGGAGAGCCGUUUCCCCCAAGCAACGGAUCAGACCUUGGUUGAUAAGUUUGAAGAUAAUCUACGGUGCAAGUUCUUCUGGAGGCCCAAAGGAGUGGAGCUCUGUUUCGGCAUUCAACACUAUGCUGGACCGGUACUAUAUGAUGCUUCUGGUGUUCUGGAGAAAAACAGAGACACCCUCCCUGCUGAUGUGGUUGUGGUCCUGAGGACUUCUGAGAACAAACUCCUUCAGCAACUGUUCUCAAUCCCUUUGACCAAAACAGGAAACUUGGCCCAAUCACGAGCUAGGAUCACAGCAUCCUCAAGAUCUUUGCCUCCACAUUUCAGCACUGGGAGGGCCAAGGUAGACACGCUGGAGGUGAUUCGUCAUCCAGAAGAAACCACUAACAUGAAGAGACAAACCAUGGCUUCUUACUUCCGGUAUUCCCUGAUGGACCUGCUCUCCAAAAUGGUGGUUGGACAGCCCCACUUUGUACGUUGCAUUAAGCCUAACGAUGAGCGCAAGGCCCUGCAGUUCUCCCGAGACCGAGUCCUGGCCCAGCUUCGCUCCACAGGGAUCCUGGAGACCGUCAGCAUCCGCAGGCAGGGCUACUCCCACCGCAUCGUCUUUGAAGAGUUUGUGAAAAGGUAUUAUUACUUGGCAUUCCGGGCACAUCAAACACCUCCUGCUAACAAAGAGAGCUGUGUUGCUAUCUUGGAAAAGUCCCGAUUAGAUCACUGGGUCCUGGGGAAAACAAAGGUUUUUCUCAAAUAUUACCAUGUUGAGCAAUUAAAUUUGCUUCUGCGAGAAGUUCUGGGCCGAGUGGUCAUGCUGCAGGCUUACACCAAGGGCUGGCUCAGAGCAAGGAGGUACAAGAGAGCGAGAGAGAAGAGGGAGAAGGGCGCCAUAGCCAUCCAGUCAGCCUGGAGAGGCUAUGACGCUCGGAGGAGAUUCAAGGAAAUACGCCACAGAAGUGGGCCUGCAGUGCACAUUCCAGCAGUCCUCCAAACCGCUCCUGGUCAGAAAAGCUGCCCAGAUUCAGAAGCAGAAUCCAACAAUGGUCGUGGAGAGACUCCAAGUAACUUCCCUGCUGAAGCUGGCAGAGACUGGCAUCCACGAGCCCGGAGAACUCCGGCAGGCUGUGAUGGCACCUCAGGACAUGCAGAUAAGGCAGCCGGACUGGCCGAUGCUGAGCUCUCAGUUGCUGGAAUGGAUGUGUCAUCUUCUCAGACCAAUCACCCUGCCCCGGCUCACCAAAGACUGAGUCCCUGUGGAGGCCCUCUCAAGCCUGGUUCGGAAGACGGCCUCCUGCAGAAACAGCGUGCACCUCGCAGACGGUGUCAGCAGCCCAAAAUGUUGAGUAGCCCCGAGGACACCAUGUACUAUAACCAGUUAAAUGGAACUCUAGAAUAUCAAGGGAGCCAGAGGAAGCCAAGAAAACUUGGGCAAAUCAAAGUGCUGGACGGAGAGGACCAAUAUUACAAAUGUCUGUCCCCGGGGGCCUGUGCCCCUGAGGAAAACGACUCAGCCCACCCUUUCUUUUUCUCCUCGUCUCCCAGAGGAGACUCCUUUGCUCAGCACUGAGCUGUCCUUUCCAGCCCCAAAUGUGUCUCAGGUAAAAAGCAACGGUGGUAACUGGUGAUAAGGAGGCACUGUCAUGGAAGCAGCUUCGUUCGCAGUCUGUGCCCUGCACCUAACAGAUUCCUGGAGUCUGUCCCUUCUGUCCCUUCACCUGCCCUGCAGCCUGAGUCGCAGAACCAUGAGAACACCCUCUGCCGUGGUAAUGCAGCCAGUCCUUCAUGCUCCCGACAGCUAAGAGGAGGCCGAGAGUUCCACCACAGGCCAGUUGUGAAAUCCGAUAACUUGGCUAUUUUUCCAAAUGGAAUCCGGCAUUUUCUACUCUUCCCUGACUCCACCCACUUUGCCAGGCUUUUCUCCAUCUACUUCCGCUGGGUCAGGGCUUCAUGGAUGAGUGUACUAUGUCCAGGAGGAGUGGUCCACGAUUCCUGUGCAGAAACAAAAGUCAAAAUCUCCCAGGUUCCUUCCGCCUGGCACAUGAAUGCCUCUCUUCUCAUUGUUACACUGACGACGUCUUCACCUGUGUGUUCCUGCGGGCCAAGAGAACCCCAUCACUCCAGCAAUGAAAAGCAGAAUGGGGAGAGCAAGAACUCAGACCAGCCCAAGUGCAGGCCACCUGGUCUUGUCACCUUCUGCUCCGUCGUCGUCUCCUUUAGGGUGUGAAAGGCAGCAGAAGAGAGAGCUCAUCUCGUCCAUUCUGUGUUUCUUAGCCCUAGCUCAGGGCCCAGGAGAGUGGAUACCCAGCACGUAAGCACAAAUGGGGAGAUUACAUUGAUUUACAGCAGCACGGUGAGCUGGGGCUUUCCUUUCAAUGAUAUGUGAUUUAUGAGUAGCCACUUCCCCUAUGUGUAAGUUCUGAUGUUUUGUUUAAGGUUGAGCUGUUCCUAUUGUAGUGACAUUAUUAUGAUCUCCUACAAGUCAAUACAAGCAGCAAUCCCGCACACACUCUGUAAACAAUAUAAAAGGCUGCGGUGUGCUGUGAGAGCAACCCCUGACCAAGACUCCUCCUCCAGAAUAGAUGUGCUUAAUAUUUCUUUCUCUAAAAUACUUAGGUGAUUUGAGGGGGGGGGGAAAUGCUUCAAAGAUAUAGAAAAAUACUAUUUUCGGAGUUUUUUCCCCCCCUUAAUGGAGAACACUGAACGGAAACAAUUCCGUGAAGUUGGUGUGUUAACUUUCCCUAUGGAGGUGUGGACCAACCUCUACACACAACAGAUAAGGCAAUUGUGACAGCCAAGACUAGUCUUCUGACCCAGGGGCUUUGAUCCGCUUCCCUGAGGCUGGGAGGAGGAAACAGAAGAGCACCUGUUCGUGCACAGGACUGAGGUUCGGUUCCCAGCACCCACAUGUCAACUCACAAAUAUCUGUAACUCCAGUUCCAGGGCAUCUAACACCCUCUUCUGAACAAAGCACACGCGAGGUACAUACACAUACACAUGCAAGCAAAAUACUCCUACAUAUAAAAUAAAAUAAACACGUCUAAAAAAAGUCACUGGGGUUACAGACAGGAGCAUGGAUGAAGGGCUGCUUGCAGCGGCGUGGGCGAUCUGUGGACAAGGAUGCCACCAAAGAACAGCCUUUCCCAAAGCAGCAGCAGCCCCUUAGGGAGAGGCGGGGUGUUCCACACAGCCCAGCACACCUUCCUCCCUGCUUCCAAAGGGAGACAUCGGCCAGUCCAAUCUGGCUCUGAGUUCAAGAGACUAAUGGCUAUACCAUGCCCAGAGUACAGAGUCCCACAGCUGUACAAUUAAGAGACGCUUAAUUGUAAUGUUGAAAGAAAUAUUUCUAGAUAGUGUUAGCAGCUAAAUUGUGCUUUUUGUUUGUUUGUUUGUUUGUUUUUUAAAGGUAAAUCUAGGGUUUUUCCAAAUCUCCAUUCAAAAGGUAAAGUUUAUGUGGUGUGAGACUAGAGCAGACAAAACAAAAUUUACUUAGUUGCUUAAGAGCUAAUGCUUCAGGUAAUUCUGUGACAGGGUGCUUGCCUAGCAUGUAUGGGGUUUAAUCCCCAGAACAAGAAAGAUGAAGAGAUGAGAGAGAUAGAAAGCCUAGAAUAUACAGAUUUUCUUUGCAUGCCUUCGGAAAUUUCACUUUUAUCAUGGAUUAAUCUGCUUUGAUGUAACUUUUUCAAACUGUUGAAUAAAAAUAUUCAAUAACUUCCUGUAUGUCCACAUACAACGUAAUUGUGAAUCUGCCUUGUUCCUUUCUCACUAAAAUGUG